GGUUCUUCUGUUGGGAAUGAAUGAGGAAGGCGCUCCAGCUGGUCCGGCCAUCGAUUCAGCGGCAUCGACGUGCCAUCGCUGCGUGGAAACGAUCAAGCUCGAGCACCAGCUCGUCCGGGUGUCUUACGAAGUUCUCAAGAGGUCUGUACGGCAGGGCAUUCGCGCAGUGGAGAAGGAGGUGAAUGGCAUCACUGGCGCUGUUGCCGAGGCCGGGAAGAAGGAGGUGUCGCGAGACGCCGCGAUCAAGCAGCUGGAUUCGUGCGUGAAUCGCUUGAGUGGAUUGAAGAGAAAGCUCCAGGAAAUGCACGAUGCGGAAGAACAGAAUCUCCAAAGAUCUCGAGCGAGGUUGGAUCACUUGAGUGACUUUUGCAAGGAUCCAAAGUGGAAGAAAACAAAGCUUGACAGAAUUCUCGUGGACUACCUCUUGCGUUCGUCUUACAUUAACACCGCGACUAAACUCGUCGAGCAUUCGUCCAUUCAGGAUCUUGCAGACGUUGGCCUUUUUGCUGAAGCCCAGCAGAUUAUCGAGGGACUGAAGAGAAAGAGUUGCACGUAUGCACUUAACUGGUGCUCGGAGAACAAGGGAAAGCUAAAGAAGACGCUGAGUGUAUUCGAAUUUAAGCUGAGGAUUCAGGAGUUCAUAGAACUCGUUCGAGCGGAGAAGGCAUUUGACGCUGUGUUAUACGCUCGCAAGUUUCUCUCGCAGCUUGCUUCUGUUGAUAUGCAACACUUGCAAGAGGCCAUGACAACUCUAGUACUGAAGCAAACAACAGAGUGUGUCUUUUACAAGGCGAGCUGUUUUAUUUAUUUAUUUAUUUUUCUGUUUUGCUUCCUCAAAACACCUUUUCGUGCUUUAUAUUGCCAGACUUUAUUCGAUGACAACCAAUGGGAGAAACUAAUUCAGCUCUUCAAAGACGAGUUCUGCAAGAUGCACGGAAUGACUUCUCCGUCCUUGCUACACAUUUACAUCCAGGCCGGUCUUUCAGCUCUCAAAACACCGCUGUGCUACGAAGAAACGUGUUUGAAGGACGAUCCUUUCUCGCAUGAAGCGAUCAGGAAACUCGCGGAGCCACUCCCGUUCAUGAAGCACGUACGCUCGAGGCUCAUCUGUUACAUCACGAAGGAGCUUAUGGACGAGGACAAUCCUCCAAUGGUUUUACCGAAUGGAUACGUUUACAGCACAAAGGCAUUGCAAACCAUGUCCGAUCAAAACAAUGGUCUCGUGACUUGCCCAAGAACAAACGAAGUUUUCGCUUUAGCCACCGCGACAAGAGCGUUCGUCUCUUAACAAGGCUAACAAGAAACAAAAAAGAAAUGUACAUUCAAUCGGCGCAUUCAUUGCCAGUGUAAAUCCACCGUCGAUCAACACCCGCCCCACAGUGAUAAUCCAACGGCCUCUAUUCC